UAGAGAAAAAGCCCGACAGUUUAGAAAAGUUGGCUGAUUAUCUACAUCGUGAUUACCAGAACGUAAAAAAGGAUGCGGAAAUUUUAGCAUCUUGGGGCAUUAUCGAACUACAAGAAGAAAAACCAGUUGCCCUUUACGAGAAAAUUACUUUGGAAUUCCCUACUUACCAAGAGCCAGUAGUACAACUAAUAAGCAGAAAAAUAGAUAAAAUAUUUUGCCAUAGGUCAAAAUCUAAUAAUCCUAACCCUACUAGUCAAAUUCAAGUUGAUUGCGUCCCUAGCGAACUAAGACAAAUAAUUUAUCGUAAAUUACGAGAAUUACACCAAGCCCGAGACAGCCGUGAUUUACGCAAUGUCCCUAGUAAUCAUUAUGAAAAGAUAAAAAGUGGCAAAUAUCUCAAUUAUCAAAAAAUUUUACGGGAAGAUUUUUUGCUCCCUCUACAAUUAGCCCCGGAAAAAUUGGCUCAAAAUAUUAAGGUAGAUCCACAAAUAAUUCAUGAUCUAAUCAACGAAAAGCGUGACCUAGAUAAAGAUUUAGCGACUCGACUUGCUCUCUAUUUUGAUAUGA